AUGCAGCUAUUAACUCGUCUAGUUUUUGAGCGUGGAAGCACUGAUGCAGCGGCAAAGGUCAAGGUUGCUGACACAAUGGGUGUUGAUUUUGUGCAUGAGAUUAUAUCAGCAUGUGUGCCACCUGUUUUACCUCCACGAACAGGACAAGGAUGGGCUUGCAUUCCUGUUAUACCUACCAUUUGUAAUAUUAGUUCAGAAACCAGACUAUGCGCCAUUCCAAAGUCUCUUCUUGCUGCUCAAGGAUGGACUGCACAUGAUUCGUCCUCGUCUUCUCUUCAAGAACCCCUCUAUCCUCUCCAAUUAAAUUUAGUGACGCAUUUGGCCCAGUUAUCUUCAGUAAGAGCAGUUUUGGCAUGUGUAUUUGGAAGUAGCAUACUAUCUGGGGACAAUGAAUCAUCUCCUACUAAUGUGAAAGAUUCAACACAAGCUCCUGAAACUGAGAGGUCAUUUUUUGAAUUUGCUCUUGAGCAAUCAGAGAGAUAUCCAACCUUGAACCGGUGGAUACAGAUGCAAUCUAAUCUUCAUCGAGUAUCCGAGUCUUCUGUAACAGAUAAACCCGAAGUCUCUUUGCAUCAGUCCAAAGGAAAGUUUUGUAUGAAGCGAACCCGUGAGCCUGACAGUGAUGGUGAAUCAGAGCUUGAAGAGGCUGUCAUAAGCGGGAACACCACUUCAAGUUUGCUAGAAUCCACUAAACAUGAAGACACUAGGCUAGAGCCAACAACUUUUAUUUCAUUUGAUUGGGAGAAUGAAACACCAUAUGAAAAAGCUGUUGAGAGGCUAGUUAGUGAAGGAAAACUAUCUGAUGCUCUUGCCGUGUCUGAUCGUUGUUUGCGCAAUGGAGCAUCUGAUAAUUUGCUUCAGUUGCUCAUCGAACAGAAGGAAGAAAAAGGUCACGUCACAGGACAAAUUCAUGCAUAUGGAUCUCACAAUCUUGGGAACAAUACUUGGCAGUACUGCUUGAGGCUGAGAGACAAAAAAUUUGCAGCUCAGCUUGCUCUAAAGUACCUGCGCAGCUGGGACCUUGAUGCUGCGACCAAUGUCCUAACUAUGUGCAUGUGCCACUUACCUGAGAAUGAUCCUAUGCGCAGUGAGGUGUUGCACAUGAAGCAAUCUUUACAGCGGUAUGGUCAUAUCAUGAGUUCUGAUGACCACUACACCAGAUGGCAAGAGGUCGCAGCUGAUUGUGAAGAUGACCCAGAGGGCUUGGCACUCCGUCUUGCUGCCAAAGGAGCUGUUUCUGCUGCUUUGGAGGUUGCUGAAAGUGCCUCUUUAUCAAUUGAUUUGCGGAGGGAGUUGCAAGGCCGCCAGCUUGUCAAACUGCUAACCACUGAUCCACUUAAUGGUGGAGGCCCAGCUACAGUUUCAAGAUUUCUGUCAACCUUAAGAGAUUCCAAUGAUGCUCUUCCUGUAGCCAUUGGUGCUAUGAAGCUAUUACCUGACCUGCGUUCAAAGCAGCUUCUUAUUUUGAAAGAAUUUCCUUCCUUGAGGGAUGAUAGGUUAAUUAUUGCAUAUGCUAAAAAGGCAAUCUCCAUUAAUGUUAGCUCAGCUCCUAGGGAACGCCGACUGAAUAUCUCUGCAUCAAGGGCAAAACAAAAAAAGGCCACAACUCCAGCUAAAACAAAUUUUGUGCAAAGUUUCGGUAACUUUCAGAGAGAAGCACGCAAAGCGUUCUUAUGGGUCCCCCGUGAUAGUGGCACUAAAACACCCCCAAAAGAUAUUGUUCGGAAAAGAAAGAGUUCAGGCUCUGGAGGUGAUAGAUCCUCUUGGGAAGCAAUGCCUGGUUUACAGGAGGAGCGGACACCUGUAUAUCCUUCUGAGGGGCAAGAAAGAAUUCCUUUUGUCUCUGCCCCUGAUGAGUGGGUGCUGACGGGAGACCCUGACAAGGAUGACACAACUCGUUCAUCCCAUAGAUAUGAAACCUCUCCAGAUAUCACACUGUUCAAGGCAUUGAUAUCCUUGUGCACCAAUGAGUCAGUAGCUGCAAAAGGUGCACUUGAAUUGUGUAUGACUCAGAUGAAGGUUGUGCUAAGCUCCCAACAGUUGCCCCUUGAUUCCUCUAUGGACAACGUAGCACGGGCUUAUCAUGCAACGGAAACUUAUGUACAGGCACUCUCUUAUGCAAAGAGUCUACUUAAAAAGCUCGUUGGUAGUAGUGAUUUGUCAGGUGGCUCUGAAAGAAGUAAGGAAGUUGAUGAUGUUUCUGUGGACACUGGCAGUUCAAGCACUGGGAGCCAGUAUCUGGAUGAGCUGUCUGAUCUCCUGGCUCAAGCAGACAUGUGGUUAGGGCGUGCAGAGCUUCUUCAAAGCCUGCUGGGAUCAGGUAUUAUUGCUUCGCUGGAUGAUAUAGCUGACAAAGAAUCUUCAAGUAGACUACGUGACAGAUUAGUCAGCGGUGAAUGGUACAGAAAAAGUGCAAGGCAAGCACUUCAACAAUACAAAGGCGAUGCAACUUCUAUUGUUACUGAAAUAAUCAACACAAUUGAAGGAGGGCCUCCAGUUGAUGUUUCUUCUGUACGUUCCAUGUAUGAGCAUUUGGCAAAGAGUGCGGCAACCAUCUUUGAUGAUUCCCUUUCUGCUGAUGCUUAUCUUAAUGUUCUGUACAUGCCAUCGACAUUUCCACGAUCUGAGAGGUCCCGACAGUCCAGAGAUCCUAUAGACAACCAAUUCACGUCUGCUAGUUCCUACCUUGAAGAUGGUCCUCGCAGCAAUCUUGAUAGUGUUCGAUAUGCUGAGUGUAUUCAUUACUUGCAAGAUUAUGCGCGGCCACAAAUGCUUGCUUUCAUGUUCAGGCAUGGCCAUUACACUGAAGCAUGCUCUCUGUUCUUCCCAUUCAGUCAACCAACCACAGAAGGGGAAACAUCUUUGUCUUCAAUUCCGAGCGAUCCUUUAACAACUGAUUAUGGGACAAUUGAUGACUUGUGUGAUCUCUGUCUUGGAUAUGGAGCUAUGGCUCUUUUGGAGAAUACAAUACGGACAAUAACACAAUCGCCCACAUAUCAUGAGGCACACAUGAUUCAGUACAUGAACACAGUUCUCACUCGCAUUUGCAACUAUUGUGAAACACAUAGGCAUUUUAAUUAUCUCUACAACUUCCUGGUUCUAAAAGAUGACCAUGUUGCUUCUGGACUUUGUUGUAUUCAAUUAUUUAUGAAUUCAAUGUCUCAGGAGGAGUCUUUGAGGCAUUUGGGACAUGCCAAGACACAUUUCGAAGAAGCCUUAUCUGUACGAGAUAGGACAAUCGAGGCUACAAAGUUGGUAUUGCGGUCUGCUCGGAAUAAGAGCGCACCUGGAAAAAUGACCAGGGAAACAAUAAUGAAAUAUUCCACUCGUGUUUCCUAUCAGAUGCAUGUGGUGAAGGCCCUCAAUAGUAUAGAUGGUCCUCAGUGGAAAACUUCCCUUUUCGGAAAUCCAACUGACCCUGAAACUCUGAGGCGAAGGUGCAUGGUUGUUGAAACGCUGGCUGAAAAGCAUUUUGAUUUAGCUUUCAGAAUGCUUCAUGAGUUUGAUCUCCCAGGUUCUUGGUGCUGCUAUAAAUGUUUAUGCCAACAAGCAAAAAGAAAGACCAGAUCGCCUCAUCGACAUGCUAAUCAGCAAUCACAGCAUUUUGUUGUCUGUGGACAACAAAGUACUGAUCUCAGUGUUUCAUGGCUGGAUAAUGCUUACUGUCAGAAAGUACUUGCUUGUGUUGUCUGUGGACGUCUAAAAAGUGCGUUUCAAAUAGCCUCACGAAGUGGAAGUGUCGCUGAUGUUCAAUAUGUUGCUCAUCAGGCAUUACAUGCAAAUGCAUUGUCGGUACUUGACAUGUGCAAGCAAUGGCUCGCUCAGUACAUGUGA